UCCGCCCACAGAUGUACACCUUGACGGCAUGGGGGAAGGUGGGCGUGAUGGCCAUCGGCGCGGGCGUAGUGUCUCUUGCCGUGGUGCUGGUGGUGUGUGUGGUCGGCCCCGGCUGCUGGCUCAACACCAUCUUCCUGAAUGAUGAGGAGAGACGGCGGAGGGAGAAGGAGCGACAGAGCAUCUUCCGCAGUGAGGCUCCGACGCUUCGUCUCACCACCUCCUCCAAGAGCCCUGAAGAUGCGCCCAAGUCGGACCUCACCCUGACGCAUACGCCGAGCCAGACGCCCACGAACACCAAGUACACCUACAUGAGCCCUGUGCACGGGACCCACCCCGAGACCUCCUCUCUCCUGGGCGCCCUCUCCUCCAAGCGGGACUCGACCUACUCGUCCAUGUCGGAGUACAGCGGCAGGACCUCGCCGACCAACUCCUGCAGGAGCAGCGUGGGCGACAGCGUGGGCAGCGGCGUGGGGAGUCCUGUCGGGGGGGAGGCACAGGGUCACCUCUCCUUCGGCAUCCAGUAUAUCCCGACAGGGUCAAGAGGGGCAACACUGGAAACUCGCCUCGUCAUCACUGUGAUCGAAGCACGAGGACUGGCAGGCAAGGAGUACUUAGGAAACGCCUGUGAUCCUUACGUCAAAGUGGUGCUGUGGAAGGAACGCCGGUCACUCAGGAAGCACAAGUCGCCGCCGCUCCACGUGUUUCGAACGCGGACGGUUCGACACACCCAGGAUCCGAGCUUCAACCAGUCGUUCGUCGUCGAGGCUUCGAAGAGCGAGCUGAAGGAACUCGUCGUGAAAUUAGUGGCGAUGGACACGGACAAAUGGGCGAGUCCAAGUACGGUGGGGGAGGUCACUCAGCCACUCAGGGACAUCAAGAACCUGGCCGCCCUCGAACAACGCACCACCCUCAGCUACUUCCUGGAACCGCCCAAACUGGAACUUGGAGAAGUUCUGUUCGGCCUGAGUUACCUACCGACGGCGCAGAGGCUCUCGGUGUCGGUCUUAAAGGCCAACAAUCUACAGUACAGCAGUGUGGUGGACGACCUUAAGGACUUUUACUACAAUAUGUCUCGUUUCCUGGCGUCGCUGCGUCUGAAGGAGGCUAAAAUUAUCCUUGAAGAUUUGUUUUUAACGUGUUCCCGGAAGGAUUCUGCUUCCUUCUUCUAA